AUGAGACGAUAUUCAACUUUUUGUUAUUUAGCUUGUCUUGCUCUUGUUGAUCUUGGAGUUAUAUUGACGUUUUGUAUUAAUUUUAUAUUAUUAUUUCAUUUUAAUAAUGAUAUACAAGAUGAACCAUUUACAUGUAAUUUAUUUGCAUUUUGUAUUUAUUUUCUGCCACAAUAUUCAUCAUGGAUAUUAGUUGCUGUUAGUAUUGAUCGUGUUAUAUCAGCAAAAUAUCUUCGUUUAGCUAAAACAUGGUCGAAACCAAAACAUUCAGUUUUAGUUACACUCUUGCUUGGACUUUUUCUUGCAAUGUUAAAUAGUCAUUUUUUUCUUUAUGAAAAUAAUUCAUUUAAACAAAGAAAUCAACAACAAAUUAUGCAAAAUAAUCAAAGUACAUAUGGCAAAUAUUUUUCAACAAAUACAAUAGCUCAUCAAAAUUCGGAUGAAUUUUCAUUGAAUAGUUUUCCCACUGUAGGACUUACAAGUAGUUCAUCACUAUCAUAUGAAUCAUUUACACCAUCAUCAGUUUCAACAAUUUAUCGAGAUACAACAAUACAACAACAAUAUGAUGAAUAUAUUACUAUGUCACAAGAAGCUAUUAUACCAUUUGAUGUUAAUAUAAUUCAUUGUUCACUUGAAAAUUCUCCUAAACAUGGAUCACUUCAUCUUUUUUGGAUAUGGAUAGAUCUUCUUAUGAAUGUCUUCUUGCCAUUUACAGCGAUGAUUGCUUGUACAAUAAUAAUCAUUUUAACACUUGUUCGUUCAUCAACACGAGCUGGUUCAACUUCUGUUCGUCGAUCACGUCGUCGUCGUAAUAUAUCUGUAAUGUUAAUCACUAUCAAUCUUGUUUUUAUUAGUUUAACAGCUCCAAUAGUUAUAUUUUUAAGUAUACAUCCAUAUGUAAAAGAUAAAAAAAAUCCGUAUCGUCAAUUGAUGUUAAUCUUGAUAAAAAUUUUUUGUAUUAUUUUAAUGAAUCUUAAUCAUUCAGUUAAUAUUAUUAUAUAUUCAGUAACGGCAAAAGAAUUUCGUUCGGAAAUGAACAAUUUUUUACAUGAAUUACUUUAUUUUUUUAUUGGUAAACCAAUAAAUCCAAAUGAUUUGGCUUAUUUACAUGAUAACGGAACAAUUAGUUCACGUUUUAGACGUUUAAGACUUAAUAUAUUUAAAUGUUGUCGAAUUAAAACGAAUUCAAAUUCGACAAAUACAACAGAUUCAGGUGGUUUGCCACAACAUUCGACAGCAACUGGAAUGAAUAAAAUUUCAUUGAAACAUGAUAGUAUACAUGGAAAUAAAUCACAGAAACGAAAACAACUCGAUCAAAAUGGAAAAAGGCAAUCUUCAAUUGUACGCUAUAGUGAAAUAUACGCAUCACAACGAACUAGUCAUCAUCUUGCUGUACAAUUACAACCUGAUCCUGUCUCAUCGGUAUUCGAACGAGAAGAUUUAUCAUUACAUGGUAUAUCAAAUUCAACUGAGCAUUAA